GAGAGGAAACUAUAGUUCGAAGGAGGGGAACAGCCCAGGGCCGUGGAGACACAGGCUUUGAGGCCAGCUGUGGGUGGUGCAUACCUGUAAUCCCAGCACUGGGGAGGCUGAGGCAGGAGGAUCACUGCAAGUUUGAGGCCACCCUGGGCUAUAAAAAUAGCACAAUGCCGAAUUACAAACUGAUUUAUUUCAAUAUGAGAGGCAGAGCAGAAAUCAUUCGUUACAUAUUUGCCUAUCUGGACAUAAAGUAUGAAGAUCACAGGAUAGAACAAGCUGACUGGCCUGAAAUCAAACCAACUCUUCCAUUUGGCAAAAUUCCCGUUUUGGAAGUGGAUGGACUUAUCCUUCAUCAGAGCCUGGCAAUAGCAAGAUACUUGACCAAAAACACAGAUUUGGCUGGGAAGACAGCAAUAGAACAAUGUCAAGUGGAUGCCAUUGUGGACACACUGAAUGAUUUCAUGUCAAGUUUUCCCUGGACAGAGAAAAAUCAAGAAGUAAAAGUGACUUGGGCAGAUUUCUACUGGGACAUCUGUAGUACCACACUCCUGAUCUUUAAACCUGACUUGCUGGACAGCCACCCGAGGCUGGUGACUUUGCGGAAGAAAGUCCAAGCCAUUCCCCGCAUCGCUGCCUGGGUGCAAAGCAGACCCCAGACCAGACUCUAGCUGAUCCGUGCCGUCUCUGGCUUUGCUGUUCACAAUCAUUUCUCCCUCCAAACACGCCAGCUCCAUCACCUGCCCCAAUAGCCUUCCACACACUCCCCACCCUACCUCCACCAGGACAUCCACUGUUGCCAUAUCCUGGAUUGAAAAAUAGUAUUGAGUUUUUAUUCUCUUUAUUUCUAAACAAUAGUUUCUCACCACUUA